AUGUCGCGUCAUCAUCCUAAUGUGCCGCAAGCAAUCCGGCAUAGCCAUCGGCCGCCUCUGCGACAAAUGCGACGGCAAAUGCCCGGUCUGCGAUUCCUACGUCAGGCCCACAACCCUCGUUCGGAUAUGCGACGAGUGUUCAUUCGGAAACUACCAGAAUAA